UGAAACCAAAUGUAACAUUCAGUUGUUCCAAUCCUUACACAAUAAAUGAAGGUGAUAACUCCACAUGUGUAUGUAGAGGUGAAGAUGGAAACCCUCCAGCCAAUGUAACUUGGUAUGAUAAAAAUGGCGUUCAGAUUGGUGUAACAGGGAAAGAAGGACAAACAUUACCUCUAAGUAAUGUUAGUGCAACAGAUCGUGGAAGUUACACGUGCAGAGCCCAAAGCCACACUCUAGCGGAUUAUAAAUCAAUCGAAGUAGAAAUAAGACUUAAUUGUAAGUAUUACUGACACUCAAGUCAGCCUUUGUAGCUACGUACUAUGUUCCUUCUGUUUUCUGUGAUUAUUUUUCCGUUAAAACGAACAAGUUGCUAAGGGCCUUCGCUAAUGUUGCUAAGUGCAAAAAGGCGCCUAUUUUAAUAUAAACAAGCAACGGUCGAGAACCUCUGGUCGAGACUUUUGCAUGUUUAUAUAUAGAUCAUGUAGUCAGCAGUACAGGAAGAAGUUUUAUGAAUGGGAAAGCUUUGUCAAAGGAAUUGAGAUCCUUAAUUAUUGAUGAAAUAAUAAGCAAAGAAGGAAACACUUUGAAUGAUCAAUUUAAUGGCUCGUACUCGGCCAUCGCGCGUUCUGUUGAUGUCAGCCAUGUAGCUGUUGCAAAAGUUUGGCCACAAUUUUGCAGUACAAGAUCUCUGUCUCCAAAAAAUAAUUCCACUGGGCAUCCUUAGUUGUCUGUCACUCUGUCUUACGGAGAUCUAUGCUUGAUUGAAGAAUAAACCGGGAGAAACCAACAAUUUCGUACGACGAAAUUUUGUAACACUUGUACGAAUUUCGCGGCUUGUCGUUUAGUAUACGCUUUCCAAAAGUACGAUUUCUUAAUUAAUUAAGGAUCUUAAUUCCUUUGACAAAGCUUUCCAGUUUCGUUGGUUUUAUAGCUACCGUAAUCUUGAGAAAAGUGUAUACUUUUCGUAUACAAAUGUUUGAUUAAUAUGUUUUUGUAUGUGCUUGUAAAUUUUCGUAUCCAUGGCCAUGUUUUUUAAAACUUGACGUCAGUCACGUUAUUUACUGUUUAGGAAAUAUUAGCAAUAGUUAAUCUAUUGUUCGGGGACGCAACGGAAAGUCCGUGAUUGGCUGAGCUAAAUUAAAACCUUUGAAGUGCGAAUAAAAAGCAUAGGCGGCCCAAAAGUACGUCUAGAGUGUAGAAUGCACCAAAUGUCAAUUUUAGCUAUAAAUGUAAAGAUUGACAUUUAGUGCAUUCUACACGUAUUUUCGGCCUGCUAUGGUAAAAACAGACAAAUAUGGCAUCUUUGCAACACUGAUCUGGUUUCCCAAUUUUUCUAGCUUGAACAAAGUUGUGAAGUUCAACAAUCUCAUAUUGUUAAUUUUAUUUGAUAAUACUUCUUAUUUUUGGCAGAUGUAUAAAUUGGAGAAUUAAUUGCUAGCUGAACGUCAAUGGAAAAACGGCGUAUAAUGCCGAAUUGUUUUACCGUAGUUUGUCUCAUCACGUCCUUGUACUAGAUGAAGCGUUUGUUAAUAUUUUUCUCGGGAGCAUCCCUAUAGACUUCCGGGUCCGCAACAAAAUAUAUUUCAAGUAUGAACCUCCCAGCUGGUAUAUCUAUGAGUGUACAUGUUCAUACUAAUAAUCAAUAUUAUUCACAAAAAAGUAACUAUUUGACUGUUUUCAUCACUAACAAAGAGGUUGUUUUGUUUUUCACAGUUAAACCUGACAACACAAACAUUACAUUUACACCAGAAAUAGCUGUAGUUAAUGGAUCGGUUACCAUAACGUGUAACUCUGAAGGUCUUCCUGAACCAAGUUAUAGCAUAAUCCAUAAUGGUACCGAGGUCAGUACUAACAAGACGUAUACCAUAGAUGAUGUGCAGUACAGACACGCUGGAAUAUAUACAUGCAUCGCAAUGAAUAAACGUGGAAAAGAUUCAGCUUCCGCUAAUUUAACCGUCAUAGGUAAGAUUAGAUUUUAGGCACAUUUUUUCACGAAGGGAGGAAUGGGUUGAAAAGCUAGACUAGUCCAACUUUUUAUAUAAUUUUAUUAGCUGAAUGUUACAUAACUACCGUGCUAUUCAAACCCCAUAAUGAAUAAUGAAUAAAUUUUCACCAUGUUGUCUGACCAUGCACGUGAUCUGAUGAUGUGAUCAAACUGACCAAUGGCAAAAACGUAACUUAUAAAUAUACUAAAUGAAGUUUCUACAAUGGGGAAAGAAAAAACUGGUAGUAUGGUAUAACAUGGGGGUGAGCAGUAUUAGACACAGAAAUUUGUUUGGUGAAAACCAAAACCAGCCGACAAUUUAAGGAAAUAAACAAGCUGAAAAAUAGAAAUAUAUUCGGUAAUGUUAUUUACAUUUUUGUUUACACUUUGUUUUGACCACGUCCAUCUGAUUGGUUUAUUUUUUGUCACGUGGUCGGGGAAUAUGAAAUGAGAUGCUUCCCCAUCCGGGGAAUAUAAAAUGAGAUGCGUCCCAACGUGUUACAAAUAACAUGACGUCUAGUUAGUCUGAUGAUCUUUAAAUAAAAUUGGAAUAUCACAAACUCAUUCUCGUCUUGUUUUGAUUCGUAUCUUAAUUGAGUUUCAAGAUGCUAAUCUUCGGAUUGUGCUUUGUUUUUGAAAUUGUUGGCUUGUAUUGGUUUUUCACGUGAGUUAGGCGAUACUUGAAAAUCUUACAUGAUUAUCGUCGAGAAAUCUAAAAAAGCUUAAAAAGCUAUGUACACAUACGAAACAAUAUCACCAUAGUCAUGGAUCAUAACCAUAUUACACUAUAUCUUCGCUCACGUUUUUACCUUCGAUACGAAUCGAUAAUCAUGAGUAAAACUUUCGCGAUAGUAUCGCCCAACUCUAUCGGAUAAAAAUUUCUGCGCGUCAGACAAACAUAAUUUUAAGUUACGUGCCACUACACGUAACCUAUCAGUCAAACGUUUAGAUGAAUGGAUUUCAGAAUUUCGACAUGUUAACAAUGUUAAUUUGAAGACGAAAGCUAAAAUUAAAAGAAACGAAGCAAGCGUUUCUCGAUACAAAAUUAAUACAGAUGCCAUCACAACUACGUGAGUUUAAUUAUAAAACGCACGUUUGGCGUUGUAAGUACCAUUUAAUAUUCACCGGAUGUGACGUGCAAUGAAAGCGGUGGCACUGAUUGUCACUGGUGACCCUGGCGGUUUACUAAACGAAAAAUUGCACCGCGAAACGCCCACAAACGUAUGCAAUUCCACCCACCAACAUGAAAGAAUUUGAAGAGUUGUCGUUACUCAAAAGACAAUGUUUUAUUACUGUAUUUGCAGAGAUACCGUAACACUAUUAAGUCGAUUUCAGCUCACUUUUUAACUGACAGUUACCACGUUCUUUGCAAACUUGCCAAAUAACUGUCCAAGUUUGUCAUCACAACGAAGUUCGCAAGUUCAUCUCGAUGUUUGAAUUUCGAUUGUAAACAAACUCGAAAGUACUGCAGUAUUAAUAACAAUUCAAAGGUCCAGCGGUUUCCUAGUAAGAAGGAAUUACCUUUUUAAAUAAACCAAAACAAAAAUUUAGAGGGAAUUUAAACUUUAUAGUAUGGAAAAAGUUGUCAAGCGAAGAAUUUGACAAAUUUAGCCUUGGGAACUAUAGCAUAACGAUCUUCGUUGCGAACUUCACUCUUAAAGGUCCAGACACACCGGACGUGAUUUGACAACGCGACGUGAUUUUUUAGUUUUUGAAAGUUAAUAAAACGGCCAAUGAGAGCAAAUUUUAAAAGAUAUGUAGACAAAAUAACUGAAAAUGUUGCAGCCCUUCUAAAUACUUGGAAAAUUUAAACUAGGAUCAAAGUUAUCGGUCAGCGAAAAUCAAAAAAUCGCGUCGCGUUGUCGAAUCGCGUCCGGUGUGUCUAGACCUUAACUUCCGAACUUUGAAAUUUAUUUGGCAUGUUCGCAAGUGUGCGUUGAAAAGUGAGCUUACAUAAUUAUUGUACAGAUUAGACUACAGUAUCUCCGCAAUUACUAAAACGUAUGUAGAGAUGCGCAAACUCAAACUAAUGUAAGAAAGGCGUUGUGGGCGGGGUCACCAGGAUGAGUCUUGACUUUAUCCAAAAUGUCACGUGUAUAGGUAGUAUUUGGGACAGAAUUUAUUUCUUGGCACUGUAUUUCAAUAAAAUUGAACUUCUCUUAGCCAGUCAGAAUAUUUUUCAUGUAUAUUCUUGUACGUGAAAGAACAUUUUGUGUUAUAAGUACUUACAUGCACGAGUUUGUGUGUUUUUAAAGAUCUUUUCGUACUGAAAAACUGUUUUAAAAUUUACAGAAUUAUUCAACUGCAGUUUUUCACUUUAUUUCCAUGAGCACAAGAACUUUAUUCAAUGCUGCAUGAUAAUACACAAUUUCUUGAAGCUAUACCUAUUGUGGUUUAACUGUUGCUAUAAUUAUAUGAGUUUUAUUAUAAAAACCUUCGUUUGUUAUUAUAAACAAGACGCUUCUCUGUCAAGAAUCUACCCUCGUUCAUUCUUUUCUUUUCGCGACAGUCAAUAUUGAGCGUGACUCUAAACCUAUACAAAAUAACGUGAUUUCAUCACAUUUCAGAGAAACCAAAUGUGACCAUCAAUUGUCCCAGUCCUAUCACAGUAAAUGAAAGUGAUGCCUUUACAUGUGUAUGUAGAGGUGGAGGUGGAAACCCUCCAGCCAUUCUUACUUGGUACAAAGAUGGCGAACAGACUGGUAACGCAAGUUAUGGAGAAAAUAGUUUAACUCGCACUAGUGUGACUAAAGACGACAUUGGAACAUAUAAAUGUGUGGCUCGGCGCUACAAUCUAACGGAUGAAAAAACAAUUGAAGUAAAAGCAAGACUUAAUUGUAAGUAUGAUAUGCUCUGAAGUCAAGCAUUAUACGGUAUAGUUUUCAAGACUACUGCCAGUAACCUUGAAUAAACACACUAGCUGCAUGGGUCAUCCAUUUAGUAUUCGCGCGCAAAAAGGUCCUCAUACAUGCAGUGUGACCCUUUUUUUAACCGACUUUUUUCUAUAUUUCAGAUAAAUAUAUAGCUAAAGAUUCAGAUGAAAAAUUGAAAUGACAUGUUGAAAGUAAAUAUUAUACUUAUUUAGGAUCUAACUGGAAGUAUAGUUGUAAAAACGCUUAUAGGCCCUAGCUCGGUCUGAAAUUAACUUAAUUGUGGUCUUGCAUGUAAUUCCUUUUCAGCUCUGUGCGAGCCAGCCACAAAUUUUUGCUCUCGAAUCUUGGCGAGGUCAUCUGCAAUAAACCUUCGACAUUGACACUGUGUUCUGUGAGAUGCCAACAUUCAGAAAAUGUCUUAUGUAUACAUGCACUCAACCUUGAGUCAAGUCGAGUUACUUGAGUGCAUGUAUUUUUAGUAAUAAUUUAUGUUGUUAUAUAUUCAAAGUCUAUUCUCGUUCAUGCAUGAUUGGUCAAAGCGCCUCGGAUAGAAGCCGUCGCGUUAUUUCAGCUGCUGACGCCAUCAGCGUCAUUGUUUGCUAAAAAGCGCGCGAAAUUUUCAUAUUUUUAAAAGCGUAAAUAAAAUGGCUUUGCUUUCAUUCUAGCUUUUGAAUAUAUAAUAAAACAAUUAUUGAAUUCGGUUUUCGUAUGAUACAGAGAAUUAUCAAGGCCUCGGUUUGUGUUAUCCACCUCAACCUUCGGCCUAGGCAGAUAACACAAACCUCGGCCUUGAUAAUUCUCGAUAUCAUACUCAACCUGAUUCAAUAAUUGUUUAUUAUUACACACAAGAAUUAUGUGCCUAUUUUUAUUUGUAACAAGAGGUUUUGUUUUCUCACAGUCAAACCUAACAACACAAAGAUUACGUUUACACCAGAAGAAGUUAAAGUUGGUACAUCAGUUAACAUAACGUGUUACUCUGAAGGUCGUCCUGAACCAAGAUAUAACAUAACUCAUAAUCGUAUCGUGCUCAGUACUGGGAAGACCCAUACCAUAUCUAAAGCGAAUUUGAGUGAUGCUGGAACAUAUGAAUGCAUUGCAUGGAAUAAACUAGGAAAUGAUUCAGCUUCCGCUUAUUUAACCGUUGAAGGUAAGAUUAGAAUUUUUAGACACAUUUUCUUUGUCCUGCAUGCAUUCUAUCACCAGGCGACAACAUACGUGUGAGGAACCACGGAAAGGAAAAACCAGUAGUAUAUACUGAAUGUACAAUUAAUUUAUUUUAAGCUCACAUUGUGUUCUGUUAGAUGCCAAAAUUCAGAAAAUGUCAUAUUGUUUUAAAUGCUCAUGCUACUUAAGAUUCAAAAUUAAACAUUUAAACUGUGCAGAAAUUGAAACGUUUAUACCUUUUCCUCAACCGCUAUUUUGUUUAAAAGAUAUUUUAAAAUGCAGUGAAAUUUGCAGAGCCAAUUGUUUAUAUAUAUUUUUCAUUAAUAUUUAAUGUCAACAACAUAAAUGUUUUCGCCAAGUUAACCCGAGGUUGUGGAUUAAAAUUAUGUUUUCAACUUUCAAGAAUCGCAACUAUCGUUUUGCAUCUGUUUUAUGACUAUAGUCUAGAAUAUAGCGCCGACUGAGUCAAAACCAAAUUACUUUUAACUUGUGUUUUUGAUUGGCAAAACAAGUCAACACGAAUCUGACUCACCUUGUCGAAGGUAUUUACCGAAUAACGCCAAAACCCGAGUUUUGUUGGUAUGCAGGCAGAAUUUGGUUGCGGGCAAGAAAAUUCUAAAGCCAUGCAACCCAGGUUUGUAGCUCUGUAGCUAUAUACCAUAAUCUUGAACCUUUUUACGGAUUAGUAUCUGAUUAGUAUAUGUUUUCUUUAUGUGCCUGUAAUUUUUCAUAUUCAUGCAUGACCACGUUGUUAGAUUGGUUCGUGCUUGAAAAAUAUUAGCAAACUUAAGCAAUGCUUACAUGGAACGCCACGAAAAGACAGUCGCUAUGCCUAUGGUCUGCCGGCAUCUGUCUAACGUUUUGUUCACAACGCGAUAGUUUGUAGUCUUUACCGGCUGUAACUGCAUAUAUAGUAUGCAAUUGCAAAAUUUAUGACUUUCAUCACUUUCCUGUACUGGAUGAAGCGUUUCUGUACUAGAUGAUCCCUAUAGGCUGCUGAGACCACAACAAAAUAUAUUAUUUUCAGUACAAAACUCCCAUGCGGCUGAUAAAUAUACCUUGAGCGUUAUAUGUAUUUUUACAGAUAAUUAAUAUAUUACAAAAAAUAUUUGCCUAUUUUCAUUAGUACGAAAAGGUUUUAUUUUUCACAGUCAAACCUGAAAAUACAAAGAUUACGAUUACACAAGAAGGUGUACUUGAUAGCCCAGUUACCAUAACGUGUAGCUCUGAAGGUCGUCCAGAACCAAGUUAUAACAUAACCCAUAACGGUACCAGGCUUCGCGCUGGCAGGAUGUAUACCAUACCUAAAGUGAAGUGGAGUAAUGCUGGAACAUAUAAAUGCAUUGCGAAGAAUAAACUUGGAAGGGAUUCAGCUUUCGCUUAUUUAACCUUUGAAGGUAAGAUUAGAUUUUCAAACGCAAUUUUUUUGUGAUUUUACUCGCUUUCGUGGCUUGUGCAAUUUUGGCUCAUUUUUCAAAAAUCACUCGUAGUGUUAUCAUUAAAUGCACUCUUUCCCGUGUGAUUACCUAUACAAAUUAGUAUUAGAGAGGUUCAGAUUUGACUUCCACUACUAUAGUGACCGCUACUUCUACCUCUCACUGGCUUAGUGCGCAUCUGACUGGUUAAUUGGAUAUAUCAUAUGCAUCUGGUUAACGAUCUCUUAAUGGUAGCGGUGCGAUAGUGGAAGUCAAAUCCGAACCUUUCUUAUUAUUUAAGUACACUAUAUCUUUAAUGUCAAAUAAAGGAAGAUGGGUCAUUGUUAAAGCAUAGUUCGUGAACAGAAAUUCUCUUAUUAUGGUGCACAAUAUCGUCAUUGCUACAGAAUAAAGACUAUAAUCUUAUCGGCGUACGGGAGCGGAAAAAUUAGGGGGGCAGAACGAAAUUUGCCCGACUUUUGCAUUUUGUCCGACCAAUCAAAUUCCCUGCUAAACUUCGGAAACAUUCAAAAAGCUAAAAAUGUUUGCCACAUUGCCCUAUUUUCUUUAAUUUUUACUAUUGUCUUACAUAUUUCUUGUUUUUCAGUUUAUUUUCCCCACUUUUUUCCAACUUACGUUCAACAUUUGCCCGACUUAGUUCACAAUUUGCCCAACAUAUCGAUAUUUCAAUUAGCUGUCCCCCCUCCCCCCCCCCCGCCUCGUACGCCUAUGUAUAAUCUCCAUUCUGUGGUGAAUACUAUUGUAUUAAACCAUAUAAAAAAUAUAAUAGUAAUUAAAUACCUUAAGUACAGUAAUAUUUUAUAGAAUGCGGAAAUAAACUAAGUAAUGCUUCCGCUUAAAGGAAAAUUAAAUUUCGGAAGCAAUCUCAUACCCAGAGUCAGGCAGACCAUUCUACUCUACCGCCAAAAUAGCUUAAAAUACGGGUAUAAAGUAUCCUACAUUUACUCCGCAAGAUUAAGUAUUCCGGAAGACAGCCUGGAAUUUUAGGUAUAUACUGCAUGGUAAAUUGAGCCAGUGUUAUACCGAGUAUAUAAGCUAGGCUUGCACAGCAUUCUAAAGAAUAUAAAUGUUGGGAAAACGGCAAGGACAGAUUUAGGUGUAAAUGCAGGAGAGGUCAAUCUCGUGGAACCCUUUAAUCUGGGAAAAAUUGCCACCUUUGCCCUCUCCCCAUCACUCGGGGCGGCAGUUGUGUAUGUGACAUGCACACGUCACGUAGUCAACUUCAGGGGGCGAUGGGGUAGACUCCUGCAUCUCCCCAAUAUUUCAUUCCACCUCCCACACAAUCUCGCACUCAGGGCUUCCAAAUAACAAUUUUGUGUAUAAAUUAUAUGUCCAAUCGUAUCUCGAGCUCGGAUACAUCCCUAGACUUCUGAGACCACAGCAAAAUAUAUUUCCAGUACGAACCUCCCAUGCAACUAGAUAAUUUAAACUUAUUUACUGAAGCUGUAAGAAACAUGAACAACGUGUUUUGUCAUUAGAGACGACCAUUAUAAACAAAUCGAUUUCUAUAUGCUCUUAGCAAAACGUUUAUGCAUGGCGUUCUUUUAAUUUUUUUCAGUUUAAAUAUUUCUGUUCAGGCAAUACAUAUGACAACACUGAUAAUGGGACGACUGUUGUAGUAUGGCAUAUCGUUGUGACGUUGGUGUCUGGAUUUAUUCUUGGCAUUCUCUUUUCCUACAUUGCCUCGUGUUCUCGUCGUCGUUGGUUUAACAACAGAAAACCUGAACGAAACUCUGAACCAAAAACAACUGAAGUUGAUACAACUUAUCAAGAGCUUGAUCUUUCAAAAAUGAACACAGAAGACAAUUAUCAAUCGUUGAGCGUGAAUGCUGCAAGCAAUGACGUUGCAAAUGACGAUGACUCUACUUACACGCAGUUGAGCAAAACCAGAGAUGUGGAGGACAACUACCAAUCUUUAACUUGA